ACGCUCUUAUAUUUCUUUACGGAGGAAGUAGUUUACAAUACUAGUGCUAGAAUCUUGGAUUUACAAAAAAGCUGGCGGAUAAAUGGUCGACCGAUAAGCGAUUGAUCUCUAUUUUGAGGCUGGCUGAUAAGUUAACGAUUAGUGAUAUCCUGAUCAUUAUUCUCUCAGCAAAGUAAAUCUUGUUUUUCAUUCAACUUGCACCUAUGGUUUAUUUUUCAACAGCAUGUUCUGUCCAAGGAUUUUAAUAAUUUGCAUAUGUCUUUUUCAGAUACCUGUCUUGUAACCAUGAGAGGCAGCAUCUUAUACUCUUCAUUUCGGAGGAUUUCCCAGGGCCACCCACCCAAGUCCAGUGGAUUUCACAGGUCAUCUCCACUGGCUGCUCAGAGGUUUGGGCGGUCCAAAAGAUGGAUUGCUACAUCCGAUGGUUUACCCGGUGAAAAGAUGAUGCUUGUGAAUGAUUUAGUUUGCCCGGUCAAGUAUUUCACGGAGGAAGUUCCACUGCUUGAACCCUUAGACGGCAAUAUUCUCUUGAAGACCGUUGGAGGACCCAGAGGAAAGACACUGGUUGCAUGGAAAGCGGGGAAAACCAUCAGAAGUCUGCCAGAGCUGAUUGCAGCAUAUCAAUUGCAUGGAUGUACACUGGGCAACCGUCUCCGGUUAGAGAACUUAAAGAUUUCUCGGUCUUCAGGGAGGUUUGUUCUUAUAGACACUGAAGAAAUUGGUCCCACUGAGAAGAAGGGAAUCUUCAUACAGGACUGGAACCUGGGUGGAGAUGUCCUUGAUACGAUUGCUAGGAGAGUUUUGGGUGUGGGUACCCCUUACCCCAAGGACCUUGAGAAAUACAUCAACAAUAUGCGGUCAGCGGAACCUAAACUUUGGCGUCUUCUGUACAAUUCAUUGUUUUUAUCCCCAGAAGCCCGCUAUUGGCUAAGAGUCUAUGUUAAUCAGAUGUCCCGAGAAGACUUCGAAUCCCUCUCCAGAGACAUGAAGCAUAAGAUGCAAAAGUUCUUUGGAGAGCUACCUUAUCAAGGAGGAGUGGAGGAGGAGGGCUCGCUGAAAUGGCUGUCAGUAAAUGAGGAAUUCAUCCGUGCUACGCCCGCUGAGUCAAGGAAGGAUGCACAAAAUAGGGUUACUGGUCCUAACUAUUUGAGCACUGAGAAGGCCAGGAAAAGAGACUUGGGGAGAUGGCUGGUCUGUGUCAACCGCGACGGUUUGACACAUGGGACAAAGACCAAGGCGAAACACCUCAAAGAGAUCAAACGAUUUAUGCUCACUGCACAAAACAUAUCGCAGCUGCUACAUGUGGAGUUUGAUGAGCUGGACCAGACAUACAUUGAUCUGUGCGACGAGUAUAAUGAGCUGCGGGAGCUCCUCAGCAUCGAAGGGAUAUUCUUCGAGACCCCAGAGACCUGGAGGACUGCCAUUGAAGCACUCGAGAAGGAUAUUCAGGCAGUGCGGGAACUAAAAGAGAAGAAUUUGGUGCUGCUGACAUAGGCAUCAACACCCAAAGCGGCUAAUCAGGCAAAUGAAUGGGUCUCCUGUCGCAAGUGGCUGGAAUGUCAUACUGCUGGUUUGCUUUGUCAUCGAAAUGUUUGGGAUAGUGCCACUUUGUUGUCGUUGUAGUGCUCCUGCUGUAGCUGUUUGUGGGCUGGUUACCUGCAUGUGUUCCUCUGAGUUCUCUGAUAACCGGGGCACAUUGUGGUUGCUGCGUUGUGUCUUUGUGUGGUAUCUUACUGGAGUUGAGAUGUUAUCUGUUGCGUUGUAUCUUCGACCUAUUGUAACAGGAAGGCGAGGAGCACAAAGUGCGGUGGUGCUCCAUUUUGUCAGGUUU